AUGCUUUCUCCAAAUGUCUUGAGGGAUUUGACUGGUUGCUCUGAGUUUGGAAACAGAUCUUGUCUGGAGAGCUUUAGGUCAGCAGGAGUACAAGAGGUACUGUAUCUAUUCAUAACAGCAGUCUUCAUUCUCACCAUCUUAGGGAAUCUGGCCAUAAUCAUUUCCAUCUCGUAUUUCAAGCAGCUUCAUUCUCCAACCAAUUUCCUCAUCUUAUCCGUGGCUGGCCCAGAUUUCCUCCUGGGCUUUGCCAUUAUGCCCUACAGCAUGGUGAGGUCUGUAGAGAAAUGCUGGUUUUUUGGGAUUAUAUUCUGCAAAGUUCAUUACAGUUUUGACUUGAUGCUCUGUUUAGUUUCCAUUUUCCAUCUUUGUUCCAUUGCCGUGGAUCGGUUUUAUGCAAUCUGCUACCCUCUGCAUUACACCAGCACCAUGACUGUUACAGCCAUAAAACAAAUCGUAGCAGUCUGCUGGUCAGUGCCUGCUGCUUUUGCUUUUGGUGUGGUUUUCUCAGAAGUUUAUGUUUCUGGAAUUGAGGGCUAUGAAAAGCUAGUUAAAUGCUUGAGCUUAUGCCCUAUUGUGUUCAACGAACUGUGUUUUUUUUUAUUUACAGUUGGUUUCUUGGCUCCUGCUUGCAUUAUGAUAGGAGUUUAUGUUAAAAUUUUUACAGUCUCCCAAAGGCACACAUGGGAGUUGAGCCAGGCACACAGGCACUCAAAAAUUGAUAAGAAACACGAGUUUUCUAAGAAUAAAGAUAAGAAAGCUGCUACGACUUUGAGUAUUGUUAUACUGGGUUUCUUUAUAUGUUGGUUUCCUUGUUUUUUUGCAACCUUAAUUGAUGCAUUAAAUUUCUCUGUUCCUUUAUCUCUGUUUGAUUCUGUAAAUUGGUUUGGGUAUUUAAAUUCUUUCUGAAAUCCAUUAAUAUAUGGAUUUUUCUAUCCAUGGUUUUGGAAAACAUUUAAAUAUAUCUUAAAGGGCAAAAUAUUUAACAAACAUUUUCGUACAAUAAAACUUUUACCUGAAGAUCAGUCACAGUAACAGACUCUAUUAGCGACAGUAGCUCUAGAAAUGGAAAAAACAGUGGCUUACUGGAUAUUCAUGGUUCAGUAAAACCCUGAAAUGUAUAAUAUGCCUCAUUCAGAGCUGUCUUCUAAGCCAGUGAUUUUUAUUUUAAAAAGUGCUAUAUUUUUACUCUUUAAUUGUUUGCAGUUCAGGAACUUGCAGGUAUAUCUGCAAUGACUGCUCGUGAUCAGAAUAGUUACAUUCACUUUUUUUUCCUUUUAAUUUUUUCUGCCACAGCCUAAGCAAGU